AAUAUAACAUUGAAAAUGGGUGAACCUUUCCUUUAAGAUAGUGAGAGUGAAAUACCGCUAGUAAGCAGUUUUCUUGUUGGACAGUUCUGUCCAGCAACGAUUCCGUUUCCUCAAACCAUUUCCUAGUAGGACGGGUAUGUGCGUAAAGAGAGAGGAGAAACGUGACGUCACGGAAUAGCUUUCUACCCCCAAACUCUCGUUUGGUUUUUGCAGAUUUUAAUCGAAUAUAGAAUUUAUGUCUCUCGUUUUAAUUUCACCAGCGUGUGUUGUGUUUCAUAAAGAAUAUCGUCAUAUAAUGCAAUUGAAGAACGUUGCAUAGUAACAGCAUUCCUGGUUUUGGAAGAAAAAAAGAGGUGCGGGGGCGGUGGGCUAUAAAGGCUACGAGCGCAAAGCACACUGGGAGGGAGAGUCGGUUUUGGCGUAAUUUCACUGUUAACCGACCCAUGCAUUGGGCGCUCAAGGAUAAUUUCUAAGGUGUUGAGUUUUAGUCUGAAUUUUAUUUAUUUCCAACUGGAGGAAAAUAUCAAAUUGUAAUGGCAGAAAACAAUUUCCCUCCCCUGCCUGGCUUCAUCCCUCUGAAGCCGUGUUUCUACCAGGACUUCAAUGAGAUCCCAGAUGUACACCGCUCCAUCUGCAAGAAGCUCUACUACUUAUGGAUCUUUAACAGUGCCACCUUGGCGGUCAAUCUGAUUGGCUGCCUGGCAUGGAUGUGUGGCGGGGGCGGAGCCACUAACUUUGGCAUGGCUAUUCUGUGGCUCAUCCUGUUCACCCCCUGCUCCUACGUGUGCUGGUUCAGACCCAUCUACAAGGCCUUCAAGACUGACAGCUCAUUCAACUUCAUGGCGUUCUUCUUCGUGUUCAUGGCCCAGGUGGUGAUCAGCAUCAUCCAGUGUAUAGGCAUUCCAGGCUGGGGCAUCUGUGGCUGGCUGGCUACCAUCACCUUCUUUAGCACCAACAUAGGCUCCGCUGUAGUCAUGCUGAUCCCCACCAUCAUGUUCACUGCCAUGGCUGUCCUCUCCUUCACCGGGCUCACCAAGGUGCACAACAUGUACCGUGGCUCUGGGGGCAGUAUGAGUAAAGCCCAGGAGGAGUGGACCACCGGGGCCUGGAAGAACCCUCACGUCCAGCAGGCAGCACAGCAGGCCGCCGUGGGGGUGGCGCAGGGAGCCAUGCAGCAGCAACAGCCCCAAUACUCACAGGCACCCACCUACAAUUAUGAUGACCCGGGCAUGUAGGGCAGGGAGGAGGAGAGGGUGGGAGGUAAGGGGUGAGGAAUAGCCAGGGUGACGGUCUGUUUCUGAUCUCGCGUCAGUUGUUAUGAGAGCAGAAACCGAGCCUCCCAGGCUAGGUGAGGGACAGACUGGGGAGAUGAAAAGGGAUGAUCAUCAAAUGAGAACCACAAUUCACGAUUACAUUCAGAUAAUUCUUAGAUAACAAAAAAUAUAUACAGUGGGCAGACAAAGUAUUUGAUACACUGCCGAUUUUGCAGCUUUUUCUACUUACAAAGCAUGUAGAGGUCUAUAAUUUUUAUCAUAGGUACACUUCAACUGUGAGAGACGGAAUCUAAAACAAAAAUCCAGAAAAUCACAUUGUAUGAUUUUUAAGUAAUUAAUUUGAUAAAAAUUACAGACCUCUACAUGCUUUGUAAGUAGGAAAACCUGCAAAAUCGCCAGUGUAUCAAAUACUUGCUCUCCCCACUGUAUAUAUUAAAAUGUGUCAUACUGUUUUGAUUUUGCUUCAAAAGGUUUUUCCUAAAUGUAGGAAUAAUAAUUUUACAAAACUCGGAACAGCUAUCUCCUAACAUGGACCAGCACUCCAAACAUGCACAUAGUUAUUACACAUAGUAAUAACAUAUUACAAACACACGCACACACAAGAUUAGUUUCUCUGCUUCCAUGUGCCAGACAGACACUUGCACUGCCCUGUAAUGCUCAUUAGCUUUGAAUAGAAGAACCCAACACUGUCUUACUAGAGCCAUUGCAACGUUUCAAAAAAAUAUAAUAGUUUUAGUACAUUUGACUUGACACUCUUAUCCAGAGCAACUUACAAUAGUGAGCAUACAUUUUUUUGUACUUUAUGUUUGUACUUGUCCCCUGUGGGAUUUGAACCCGCAAUCCUGACAUUGCAAGUGCCCUGCUCUACCAACUGACCCACACAGGGACCUAGUGGGGUAGGCUUGUGAUGUUCUGUCAUGUUUUUGAAAAACAGUUUAUACUUGUUUUUGCAGUACUGUAUUAUUGUCAAGGAUGCAGUUUUGCCACAUGGACAUGACAAAAAUGCAGAAAGAUCGAAUUUAAUCCUAUUUAAAAAGGAUUAUCACAAUUUUGUCCAUGUUGAAUUUUGAUUUUGUAUCACUUAGAUUCUCAGGAAUAGACAUCUACUUUGUUUUAGACAUAAAAUGACUUUAUUGUAUUCAUCUGUUUUUUUUUUUUUAGAUCUUAACUAGCUGCUAGAUGGCUAAUAGCUACAUGUUAGUCUGUCUACAGUAGAAAUACCAGACGUUCUGUUGGCGUCUUCAACCUUAGCCAUAUUAGAGGUGUUCAAUUCCUCAACAUUUUCAGAUUUAUUUCAGGUUAUGGGGAGUGUGUUUUGAGCGAGCAUGUUAUUCUGUUGACUAUAAGUGAAAUAAUUAAUAGAUGUUUAAUAAUAACAACCAAUUUAAGCACACAUGUAUAGUGUUAAGGUCUUACGUAUAGGAUGGAACAUUCCAGAUAAGUAUAUGACUACUGUAACCCAGUUAAGAAUUUAGACUAGGUGAAACAAAAAUCGUUCUGUCUGUAAAGGGGCAGAUAGUUCUGUCUAUAGGGGGCAGAUAGUUCUGUCUAUAGGGGGCAGAUAGUACUGUCUAUAGGGGGCAGAUAGUACUGUCUAUAGGGGGCAGAUAGUUCUGUCUAUAAGGGGCAGAUAGUACUGUCUAUAGGGGGCAGAUAGUUCUGUCUAUAGGGGGCAGAAGGGAAUGAUGGAAACAAUGGAACAUUUACAAAACGUAGUCUUAAUUCCCCAUUGAAGAUAUAGUAUUUGCUAUUUGUAGAUGGACAGAUGUUAGAUGUUAUGAAUGUUUAUUCCCAUUGGUCAAUCCUCUCACUAAUCCUAAAGUGAACCCUGUGAAGCGAAUGCUUUUUUUUAAAAAAAGACUACAUUACCCAGGGGGCAAAUCUGGUUGUAAUGAUGUCAUCGUGACAUCAUUUCAAACAGUUUUGCCUGCUGGGUAAUGGUGGAGUUUAACCUUUACAAGUGAAAACAUAAAAUGUGGCUGUCAACGUUAGUACAUGAGUAUAGAUGUGAUAUGGUAUAUAUAGAAAACAUUGAAUAUUGUUUAUACAAACAUCUCAUUUUAUGAACAGAAACGGGAAGAAAAUGACUGUAGCCUUUAUGAGUAUCGAUGUUUUCAUUUAGAGAUGGAACUACCGCAUAGCUACAUUUGACUGCAGUGGAAAAUGUUUUAGUCUCAAGAAAGUUAACUCUGAAAAUGUAAAAGAUGGAUAUUACAAAAAUGUGUAAUACAAUAUUAGACUUGAAACAAAUGUGAAGAUGUGUACAUGAAUGCCAGAUAUUUAAAAAAACAAAAAAAACAGUGAAUUGUCUUGUCUGAUUGUGUGAUGAUGUUCAAUAUGAUUUUAUUUUAAAUAUUUCUCAAAACUUUUGUUGUUGUUGUUGUACUUUUCCUGUAUAAAUUCUAGAAGGUAUAUGUGAGGCAGAGUGUAUAUGUUCUAGAAGGUAUGUGAGGCAGAGUGUAUAUGUUCUAGAAGGUAUGUGAGGCAGAGUGUAUAUGUUCUAGAAGGUAUGUGAUGCAGAGUGUAUAUGUUCUAGAAGGUAUGUGAGGCAGAGUGUAUAUGUUCUAGAAGGUAUGUGAGGCAGAGUGUAUAUGUUCUAGAAGGUAUGUGAGGAAGAGUGUAUAUGUUCUAGAAGGUAUGUGAGUGUAUAUGCAGCUCUGCUCUUUCUGUCUCUCCACAGUCGUUGGGUGUAUAAAAGGCUUCUAAUGGG